UGGGCGGAGCCUCCUCGGCCGGACUCGGGGAGAAAGAGCCGAGGCAGCAGCGGUCACGGACGGACGCCUCCUCCUCCUCGUCUCCAUCUCGUGCCUCGCGGCGGGUUUUUUUUUUCUCCUCCCAAAUGGCAACCCCCCCGGGCCUCCACCUCAACAGCAACAACAACAAUAACAACAACAACAACAAAGACAGCGAGGCGGGAGAGAGCGCGACGUCCGCCACGGCCAGCGCGAGCGAGCCCGGCGGGAAGGCGUCGCAGAGCCUCGGGAACGGCUCGGUCAUCAACCCGCGCGCGGGGAGCAACGGGAAGUGGGUCCGGCUGAACGUCGGGGGCACGGUGUUCCUCACCACGCGGCAGACCCUCCUCAAGGAGCAGACCUCCUUCCUGUACCGGCUGUGCCAACAGCAGGACCUGCACUCGGACACGGAUGACUCCGGAGCCUAUGUGAUCGACAGAGACCCCACCUACUUCGGCCCCAUCCUCAACUACUUGCGGCAUGGCAAGCUGGUCUACAACAAGGAGCUGGCAGAAGAAGGUGUUCUGGAGGAGGCAGAGUUUUACAACAUCACCCCACUGAUCAAACUGAUCAAGGAGAGGAUCGUGGAGCGGGACUCCAAAGCCACGCAGGCGCCCCCCAAGCACGUGUACCGUGUGUUGCAGUGCCAGGAGGAGGAGCUCACCCAGAUGGUCUCCACAAUGUCAGACGGCUGGAAGUUUGAGCAGGUCAGCGUGCGCGCCUGCAGAAAGCCCCGCACCGGACUGCUCUGGACUAUGGUGAACAUCGGCUCGUCGUACAGCUACGGAACGGAGGACCAGGCCGAGUUUCUGUGCGUCGUCUCCAAGGAGCUUCACACGCCGGGAUCUGGUCUGGCUACCGAGCAGAGCCACAAAACCAAGCCGCCCGAGGUGCAGGAAGAAGAAGCGGCUAAGGAGGAAGAGGAGGAGGAGGGAGGAAGAGAAGGAGGAGGAGGGGGAGAAACCACACCAAAUGAGUGGCUUAGGGAAUGAGGGAGUCGUGUUUCUUUGUUCCAAAGAGAGGCGGGAAUGGCUUUUCCAGAUCCACGGGUCCCGGAUGUAGAAACCCUCAGAAUUUAAAGUCAUUUUUUCUCGGCCUAUAGCGACUGUAUAUAUGUGCGUCAAUGGACAUUCAUCAUAACUGAAGUGUAGCGUUCACUGACCGCUUCACUGGUUAGAAACAUUACAAAAUUACCAAAAAGUGAAAAAAAAGAUAAAUUCCCUCGCAACAUCUUCAAAAAUGUUUUUCAGUGGAACCAGUUCCACCAGUAGGUUGGAGCGUGUGUGGGUGACAUAUUGCCACGGGCAGUAGUGUAGCUUAGUAAAUUAUAACCAAAGAUCCUGAUGAAGAGGGCGGAACCACGGUGCUCAACCAGACUCUGACAUCGUCUCGUCUUCGAUGCGCCGCGAGGAGCGAUCGGAUGGAUGGCGUGAAAGCUGCGUCUUUGGGUCACUGCAUUAACCGUAACACAACACCGUCUUUUGUCUUGCACUCGGGGCGGAGGUUUCUAGAGAAACACUCCCGCACCCCCAGGAGGGACCCGGCCCGCUAACCGCUAACGUUUCAGCCGGCGCAAACUGUGCUGGCUCGGGAAAUACUGACGGUCAUUUCAUAAUUCGUCGCUGUCGGGGGGAGAAUGGGCGAACGCUGGUUUCCUCUCAUUGUGGUUACUCAUACAAGGCGCACAAAGGCGUGUUUUCGUAUGUGUUUAGCGAUGGCCUUGAACGGGAGUCAGGGUGCAUCAACCCGGAUGAUUUGCCCUCGCCGUGAACACGGGUUAGUGCAGGUGGUUCGGCCUCAUGGUAAAACAUGUCAGCGGAGCUAUUUCUUGGUUCAGUUGGCCCUGAGUUGACGGGUGGAAGCGAUGCGGCACCAGACAGACGGCACUCUCGGCGGUCUCAUCUGGCUACAGACUUGAGGUCAAAGGGAAGCGGGAUCAACGCGAGGACGAGGGGCUGAGGCAGCGGGACGAGGCGUCUCUCCGUCACAGUUACGCGGGCAGCCACACAAUCUCUUCUGUCGUCAUCGACGCCUGUGAAAUAUCGAAGAGCCGAUCUGCCGCAGUGCAGGUGGAAGGUUGAACAGGCCGCUGAGAGGCGCUCGGAUCACACGUGACUUUUAACAGCCUCUAGUGGCGACUUGGAGGAACCGCAGCACGCAUCAAGCGUGUGGCACGCAUGCAGUGUAAAUAAUGCCGUGUCAUGCAAUGAAUUCAUUUCUCCGUGUCGCUCGACUAAUACGCCGACGCCGGGUUUAACGGGAGAUUCACUGGAGACACUGGUGGUGUAGUUGUUGAAUGCUGGAAAAUAAGAGGAGCACAUCGUCGUGUCGUAGCUCAUCAGAAAACAUUCGACCGCAUAAAACACAUUAGACUUUGCUGUACAGAUGCUAAAGGAAGCAGGGCAGGAAUUCAGGUUUAUUUUGAAAUAUUUCACGGUUGCAUAAAUAACUCCAAUAUUUGAGGUAAUCUGCAGUUCUAGAAGCCCCAUUACGCACAUUACAUACAACAUACCAACCCACAUUUGAGUCAGACAUAUAAGCCCAGAUGAGAUGGUUAUGGUUGUAACGGGGUGGCAACGUAUGGCAAGAUGAUGUCAUAGUGGCUGCUUUGGUUUUUAAUGGGAUUAUUUGAUUUGAAUGUCCUUUGUCCUCUUAAUGUUUACAAACGCAGCUGACUGACCCUGAAAGACCUGCAGUCAUGUGGCUCGGCCCGCUGAGGUCGACCUCAAGCACACAUUAUUUUUUGCCUCUAAAGAUUUGCGUAACCACACUGAUCCUCACCCCCCCAUCGAGUCACACUCGGGCUAUUUUACACGGGCAUUCAGCAGUUUGAGUUGACCUGAGACAAUCAAGAAGAAAGAUCAUUGUCGGCGACUUUCUUUUAUAACAUUUUUUUGAUAAUCAAAUCUGAAGAGAAAAACGGGCUGUUGUGUGUUUGAGUGUGCAUGCUUCCGAUAAAGUGUCUCGUGCACUGAAGUGUAAAAUAGAAAGCGAUGUCCCGGGCAUGCGAGGCCCUUUGCAAUAAACACCGUAUCAGCUGGAUGAGCAGAGUAAACGUUAGACUGGUGUUACGCAUCAAGCAGCUGCAGCCUCCUCCAGUGGCUCCUCUCAGCACGGACACGUCACAAGACAAGUGGUGUUACCCGCGUUCAUUUUAAAUCGCUGUUUUAAUGUUGUAGUUGACGGAUGGGUAGUUUGCAGUCCUGCUGAGAGGUUUGGUAUUUGUGAGCAUUUCUUCCGGUUUGUUUGUUCUGAGAACUCUUAUUUUACAUAAAGUGCAGAGACAAUGAAGGUAAAACUGUCCCUUAUGAGGUGAAGCUGGUUUCAUGCAACUCUAGAAGCCUGAAGCUGUUUAGUAUAAAAAUUCAUGCCUUUUAUGUUUUGUUUUUUUUACUUUCAAGUGUCUAAUUUAUUCUCGCUGUUUUUUUUCCAAAUGUUACACAGUAAAAAAAAAGUGGUAACGGGGAUUUUCUUUUCUAGUUGACCCACUUUUAUUUUUCAAAGUAUAUACUAUUAUGUUAUUUAAUCGAUCAGUUCACAAAGCUGAACAGAUCUUCCUGAAUGAUUAUGUUUUGAUUAAUGAUUGGAUCAGUAUUGAUCAGUCAUUUGCAUGUGCAGUUCCCGGGUUUGUUUAGCCGGAUCCUCACUUCACCUCCUUAUUUGCACACCAAAUGUGUUAACUUGUUUCUGCUGUUCACUUUAUAUUUGAUGUGUAAAAGUCUACUCAGUAGUUCUGUAAAAGAAACAAACCUCUUUCAGGCAGCUGUCUGAGUCUGACGCUGGAGGUGUUUUUGUUCUUCUGCUGUCCAUGGAGCCUCGGUGUCUGUAUACAUGAACCGAUGUGACAAAUUAACGCCUCAGACGGACCUGAACGGGCUCCAAGAACCGCUGUGGUUUUAUUUUGUUUAGUUUUUUCACCUGAACAAUUCACAACGUUUUCCACAAUGUGACAGAAAGUUUUUCUUUAAUUUAAUAGAAAUGAAUGUCACCAAAACAUGAAUAAAAUAUUUGCCUUUUUGUUUUAA